UGAUCAGGUAUCUCACUAAAGGGAUGUAUUUAGCAAUAACAGCCGGCUGCUUGUACAUUAUCCCGCUUUUUACACGGCUACUUGCCACAUGAGAAAACAACUGGACAUGAAAGUGAAAUAUGAAUUUAAAAUACUUUAUUAGAUCAUUUUUACCAAAUGUAGACAUUCUACGAGGAAAAGCUGUUUAGUUUUGGUUUUAUUAGCAAAUUAAUAUUAAGCUGCAUCUUUUGAUUUGCAGCAUCCGGGUUACAGGGUGUUUUUGUUAUUUGAAAAUAACAACCCUUGGAAUGUCUUGACUGGCCAAUCACAAUCAAGCAUUCAAAAGAGCCAUGUAAUAAUAGACAUUAAGGUCCACAAUUCUAAGAAAAGAAGUCAGAAUUAUGAGGAAUAAACUCACAAUUGUGAGAAAAAGUCAAAACUGUGAGACGUAAAGUUGCAAAUACCUAAAGAUUACUUAAAAAAAGAAACUCACGGACAACUAUCACUUAUUCAGGACAUUACUAAAUAAAAUUAACAUGCAAUUUCUAUGACCCUAAACUACACUAACGAAAAAGGAAAACUUAAUCCGUGCUUCUUCAUCAUUUUUGCGUCUGAGAAUGUCCCACAUGUCUAAGAGAUCUUGACGUCUGCACGCCAGAGAUACGCACAGCACAUGGGUUUGAAGGAUUUCCUUUACACAACACACUAAAAAAGACACACGCACGCACACAAACCCACUCACACACACACACACACACAUGAGCAUUUCUCAGUUUGUAAGUGUUUCAACAGCACUGAUGGACUGUUGGUCUGGAUGUCGUGGCUCUUGUGUGAUAAUUGAUUGGUUUUGGCUUCGGGGUGAAGAAACAAAAGUGUUUAACAGACUGAAUUCAGUGAAGAGCAGCUGUAGCCUGGAGGGCAUCUCGUCGCUCUAUACAACCAGUGCAUGAUGGGUAACGGCACGGGGCUCAGAGACGCCGAGCGGGCCACUCGUGAUAUGCGGUCCCAGUCUGAUUCUGAAAGGAAACAAGGUUUCAAUUUGCAUAUUAAUGAGGCAUCAGUGACUCCGCCCCCUGUGUGCUGAAUUCUGGCCUUUUCUCAACACAAUCAGCUCAGUCGCCUCUGUGAGGCAGAACACAACAAGCACCAUCUGUCACUCUGUGUCUCCUAUGAGAUCACUUCAGACUCGUCCUGUGAACGCUGGGUCACGUCUGUUGUCGGGCGGGAUUGUGCGUGGAGCGGAAAGAUCCGACAGGAGUCUGUGUAUCGCUGCGGAUCAGGACCUGGAUUAAGCCCUUACAGGAGAAUAGUGUGUUUGUGUAGUGGGACGUCGCCCUGCUUCUCAUGCGGGUGUUUGAGAGCGGAGGGUGCUGGAUGGCCCUCACAGCGGCUUCAGACAGACAGUCAGUCGUCUACAUGGAGAAAAGACGAUGUAGCCCUUUCCCCUUAUGCUGGGCUGGAGAAUAUGACAGACACCUAGCACACAGCAAAGGCAUGGCGACGGCAUACCUGGAGCCCAACCUCAACCACACCCUGGGGGGCGGAGCCAAGGCUCGUCUCAGCGCAGGGACGGAGCGGGCACCCGGAGCACCUGACCGCGUCCUUAAGGUCUUCCAUCAUUUCGAGAACAACAGUGAACGCAGCACUUGGUCCAGCAACAUCCGACAUGGAGAUGCAACAGAUGUCAGGGGAAUCAUUCAGAAGAUUGUGGACAUUCAUAAAGUCAAACACGUGGCUUGUUUCGGGCUGCGUCUCACUCACGUCCCGUCGGGCGACAUCCACUGGCUCCACCCUGAUAUGGGCGUAUCUCACGUGAGGGAGACGUACGAACAGAACCGCCCCCAGGAUGAGUGGAGGUAUGAAUUGCGGGUUCGUUACCUGCCCAAGGGUUUCCUGAAUCGGUUUACUGAAGACAAACCGACACUGAAUUAUUUUUACCAGCAGGUGAAGAAUGACUACAUGUUGGAGAUGGCGGAUCAGGUGGAGCAGGAGAUCGCUCUGAAGUUAGGCUGUCUAGAGAUCAGGAGAUUCUACAGAGAAAUGAGAGGAAACGCUCUGGAUAAGAAAUCCAACUAUGAACUGUUAGAGAAAGAUGUCGGUCUCAGGCGCUUCUUCCCCAAAAGUUUACUGGAGUCUGUAAAGGCCAAAACUCUGAGGAAACAGAUCCAACAAACCUUCAAGCAGUUUGCCAACCUGAACGAUGAGCAGAGCAUUCUGAUGUUUUUUGAGAUCCUGACAUCUGUGUACAGAUUUGAUAAGGAAUGCUUCAGAUGUGCUCUGGGGUCCAGUUGGGUUAUAUCGGUGGAUCUUGCUAUAGGUCCAGAGGAGGGAAUCAGUUACCUGACAGACAAGGGCUCAACCCCGACACAUCUGGCUAACUUCACUCAGGUUCAGAGUAUUCAAUACUCGUGUGUGGAGGAGAGAGAGAGGAAGGGCGUCCUACAGCUGGAUGUGGCAGGAGCUCCUGAGCCUCUCACCAUCAGCACAUCAAACUUCACCACCGCAGAGAACAUGGCUGACCUCAUCGACGGCUACUGUCGACUGCUCAGUGCCGUCAGCCAGUCCUUCAUCAUCAGACCUCAGAAAGAGGGUGAGAGAGCUCUUCCGUCCAUUCCAAAAGUUAGCAACAAUGAGAAGCGGCUUGAGGGAAUUCGUGCAGGUGUUCGAGCUAUCUCUGUGUCAGACUCUGAGCUUCAGACGCCCAUCAGAUCUACUAAAGCCCGACGCUUUCUCCUGCCGUUUGUUCUGUGUUCCCACGAGUCUCCUCCUCAGGCAGCAGAUGGUAGUGGAGAUGAAACAGACGACUACGCAGAGAUCAUCGAUGAAGAAGACACCUACACUAUGCCCUCUACUGAGGUCUAUGGAUUAGGCGCAGCUCAGGACUAUGAAAUCCAGCGAGACAGGAUCGAGCUGGGCCGGUGUAUCGGCGAGGGACAGUUUGGAGACGUCCACCAGGGGGUCUACAUCAGUCCGGAGAAUCCAUCUCUCUCCGUGGCCAUAAAGACGUGUAAAAACUGCACAUCAGACAGCGUACGUGAGAAGUUUCUGCAGGAGGCCUUGACAAUGAGACAGUUUGAUCAUCCACACAUCGUGAAGCUGAUCGGAAUAAUCACAGAAAAUCCCGUCUGGAUCAUUAUGGAGCUGUGUACACUCGGAGAGUUGAGGUCGUUCCUACAAGUGAGAAAGUACAACCUGGAUCUGUCCACACUGAUUCUGUUCGCCCACCAGCUGAGCACAGCGCUGGCGUACCUGGAGAGCAAACGCUUCGUACACAGGGACAUCGCUGCCAGAAAUGUGUUGGUGUCUUCCAUAGAUUGUGUGAAACUGGGUGACUUUGGUCUGUCCAGAUACAUGGAGGACAGUUCUUAUUACAAAGCUUCUAAAGGGAAACUGCCCAUCAAAUGGAUGGCUCCUGAAUCCAUAAACUUCCGUCGGUUCACCUCAGCCAGUGACGUCUGGAUGUUUGGUGUGUGUAUGUGGGAGAUUCUCAUGUUUGGAAUAAAGCCCUUCCAGGGCGUGAAGAAUAACGAUGUCAUCGGGCGGAUAGAGAACGGCGAGAGGCUGGCGAUGCCCCCCAACUGCCCCCCCACCCUCUACAGCCUGAUGACCAAAUGUUGGGCGUACGACCCCAGCAAACGUCCUCGAUUCACAGAGCUCAAAACACAACUCAGCACUAUCUUAGAAGAGGAGAAGGUCCAGCAGGAGGAGAGGUUUCGUAUGGAGGUGAGGAGACAGGUGACGGUGUCGUGGGAUUCUGGUCAUUCAGACGAGGCUCCUCCGAAGCCCAGCAGACCUGGUUACCCGAGCCCUCGCACCAGUGAUGGAUAUUACCCCAGUCCACAACAUCAGCACAACCAUUACCAGGUAUCUGGAUAUCCGGGCACACACGUGUCAGGUGCAGCGUUUCCUCCUCAAGCCUCUGUACUGGAUUCUCAGGACACCUGGAAUCAUCACAGACAAGAGAUUCCCGUCUGGUCCCCAAACCUGGAGGAUGGGGCGGCUCUGGGGCGGAGUCAAGGUCACCUGAUGGAGGAAACUCUCAUCAAACAACAGCAACAGAUGGAAGAAGACCAGAGAUGGUUAGAGCAGGAGGAGAGUUUCCUGAAACUGGAGUCGGGGAACCCGAGGGGCAGCAUCGAGCGUGAGGAUGUUCCUCUCCAGGGGUCGAUAGGAAAGCAGCACGUUUACCAGCCGGUGGGUAAAGCAGCAGAUCAUGUGCUGCCUCCAAAGAAACCUCCUCGUCCAGGAGCUGCGGGUCAUGUGACCAGUCUGAACCCAGUGGAGAAUUAUAAUGAGGGUGUAAAGAUUCAGCCUCAGGAAAUCAGUCCACCGCCGACAGCCAACCUGGACCGAUCUAAUGAUAAAGUUUAUGAGAACGUGACGGGGCUUGUGAAAGCUGUUAUUGAGAUGUCCAGCAGAAUCCAGCCGGCACCUCCUGAAGAAUACGUCCCCAUGGUGAAGGAUGUUGGUUUGGCUCUCAGAACGUUACUGGCCACAGUGGACGAGACCAUACCAGUGUUACCUGCCAGCACACACAGAGAGAUCGAGAUGGCACAGAAGCUUCUGAACUCUGAUCUGGCUGAACUCAUCGGUAAGAUGCGUCUGGCGCAGCAGUACGUCCUCACCAGUCUACAGCAAGACUACAAGAAACAGAUGCUUACGGCCGCACACGCGCUCGCUGUGGACGCCAAGAACCUGCUGGACGUCAUCGAUCAAGCUCGUCUGAAGAUGUUGGCUCACAACCGGCCGCUCUAGUUUCUCCAGAAUGGCUGGAUCAUCGGAGGGACGGAUCGGCACGGGGUGUCCGGGGAGACCCGAUUCAGUACUCCUCACGGUUUUAAAGCGAGAACUGCUCGCGGAAGUUUAGUUUUUUUACAAAGAGGACGACAAACACUUUUGUUUUAUACACCUCGAGUGUUGCGUUUUAUUUUGUAUCCAGAGCGAAGAUCAUCUUCGAUCCUCCUACCAAAUGUUGUCAGCGCUGGAGAAACCUGCAACUGGAACCCACAUGAACUCUGAGCCGCGGUCAUGAUUGAGGUUUCUAUCGUAUUCCAAAGGUUUAUAAACAUCACGAACGCUUCCUUUACAUACUUGUGUAUGUUGACCUCAAAUGGGCACUGAGGGCUUGUGUUCUCCUCUGAUAUGAUGUCCUUGAAGAGUUUUGUACCGGUCUCACUAUGACUAAAGCCAAACUACAGCAGCGGUAUUUCACAUAUUUUUUGAGGAAUCGUAACUUCUUGUAUGAGAGAAAGAGGGAUUUAUAUGAAAACAAAGAGAGGUGACCCCGAUGGGACAGAAGCUAAUAUCACAUAUCACACACUUGAAGCACACGCUAAACCAUUUAAUCAGCUGCCUUCCAACUACAAGACGUAUAUUCUGUAAAAUCAUGAUCUGCUUUAUUUUUUAUCAGGUUUUCACACCUCUGGGUUUUAUAAAGCCUUUGAGUUUUCAUGCUAAUAUCUUGUGUACAGAACAAUCGUGAAUCCAUUUUGUCAUUCUGGUAUAAAUUAUUCUCAGGAAGAAGCAAACUGUAUAGAGCUUUUAACUAAUAAAAGAUGAUCAAUAUCUUUA